AUGAAGUCCUUCAGCAUCGUCGGCGCUGCCUCCGCCGUCCUCUCGUUAUCCAGCAUCGUUUCCGCUCAGACUUACCAGCGUCUCGGUGCCUGCCCUAAGCUUGGUUGUAUUUUCCCUCCGGACCAGCAGGACUUCCUUGCCGGUCAAUACUUCGACAUCCGUCUCGAGGUUCACGCUCCGGUCAACGGCUCCGAGGCCACCAACGGCAAGCCCGACACCAACUUCUCCUUCACCAUUGCAAAGGCUGGCGCGAAGGCUCAGAACGCUACCCAGUACUUUGGCCUGACCGAGCCCCGCCUCGAGUCAUGGAACUUUACUUGGUUUGAGGACCUCUUCGCUGAAGAUGCUAAGCGUCCUUCCGUCGUCAAUGUCGCAGCCAAGGCUUACCGCCGUGUCGCUCUUUACGAGCCCGGUGAAUACAUUGCCACUCUCAGCUACAAUGGCACUACCACCACCGCCUCAUGGCUGGUUCGCUCGAUGAGCGAGGUCCGCAGAACCAAGAACGUCCUCCUUUUCAUCGGUGACGGCAUGACCACCAACAUGAUCACCGCUGCCCGUCUUAUUGCUCACAAGACUGUCAACGGCCGUUACCAGUCACUGAUGCAGCUGGACAAAUUCCCCGUUUUGGGCCACCAGAUGACUCACUCUUUGGACUCGUAUAUCACUGACAGUGCCAACUCCGCCACUGCGCUCUACACCGGCCACAAGUCAUCCGUCAACGCCCUCGGUGUUUACGCCGACUCCUCGCCGAACCCCUUUGACGACCCCAAGGUCGAGACCAUCGCCGAGCUGUUCUACCGUAUCUACAAGGGUCACGUCGGUAUCGUCAGCACUGCUUUCAUUGCCGACGCUACCCCGGCUGCCUUGACUGCCCACACCCGUGACCGUGACCAGUACGGUGCCGUUGUUGACUCUUUCGUGCACGGUAUUGUCAACUACACCUGGACCGAGUGGAACGGCCCUGAUGUCCUCUUCGGCGGUGGUGCCGAGCAGUUCUGCAACAUCAGCGGCAAGACCUACCAGGGUUUGGACUACUACAAGGUCUUCCGUGAUGCCGGUUACGCCACUGUCAACAGCAACACCACUCUCCAGGCUGCCAGCAACAAGAACAAGACCCUCGGUAUCUUCUCCACCUCCAACAUGGCCAAGUGGCUCGACCGCAACGUCUACACCGACAACCUCAAGGGCAUCAAGAGCUCCCCCACCUGCAACGGCACCGACGCUCUCGACCAGCCCGGUCUCAAGGAGAUGACCAUCAAGGCCAUCGACAUCCUCAACAACCGUGCCGGCGACAAGGGUUGGUUCAUCAUGUCCGAGGCCGCCUCCAUCGACAAGCAGAUGCACUUGCUCGACUACGACCGUGCCCUCGGCGAGCUUCUUGAGCUCGACGACACCGUCAAGGCCUCCGUCAAGCACCUCCAGAAGCUCAACGCGCUCAAGGACACGCUGAUCAUCGUCACCGCCGACCACGGCCACGGUUUCGAUGUCUUCGGCAGCGUCGACACCCAGUACCUCAACAACAAGACCGACGACCGCCAGAAGCGUCGCGCCGUCGGCACCUACGGCCAAUCCGGCCUCUCCCAAUACAUCAACACCGGCAACCUCCGCUACGCCGACUCCAACUUCCCCUCCAACUGGGACCCCCGCUACACCCUCGCCCAGGGCUUCGGCGCCAACCCGGACCACCGCGAGAACUACCAGGUCCACAAGAAGGGCCCCCGCGCCGCCGCCACCAACAUCACCGGCUACCUCGCCAACAACUACUUCGUCAACCCGGCCGACGCCGUCACCGGCUUCGUCGUCAACGGCACCCUGCCGACCACCAACAACCAGGGCGUGCACUCCCUCACCGACGUCCCCGUCUUCGCCCAGGGCCCGUGCUCCGAGAUCUUCGGCGGCGUGUACAACUCCAUCGACGUCUUCUACAAGAUGGCCGAAUGUCUCGGUCUGAGCCGCAGCCUCCAGCAGCAGCACCCCGGCAGCGGCCCCGGCUCCGGCGCUGGCAGCGGCGCCUCGACCAAGAGCUCCGCCGCCGCCGGCACCGCCUCGAGCAAGGCCUCCACCGCCUCCAGCAAGGCCGCCACCGGCACUACCACCGCCAAGACCACCCCGGUCGCCGCCACGACCUCCACCCGCACCGGCGGCGCCGCCGGCAGCGCCAGCGCCAGCGGUGCCUCCUCCGCCUCCUCCGCCAAAGUCUCCUCCGCCUCCGCCGCCUCCUCCUCCCCCAAGGCCUCCAGCAGCAGCUCCUCCUCCACCACCUCCAGCAAGACCUCGGCCGCGGCCCAACCCUACCAGACCGCGCCCGACAACUGGGGCAAGUACGGCUCGCAGUUCGGAUACCACCAGUACGGCCCGUCGAACCCGGUCUACGCCUGCUAG